AUGGCCGACAAGCGAACAAUCACCCAGCUCGAUCAGCUGACUCUCUACCCGGCAACAUCUCCAGAGACAGCAUCUCACGACUCCCCUACACCGUCUGUGGGCUUGCCGGUCUCGGGCGUCGAUAAGAUUAUCGCCGAAAUUCGCAAUUGUAUCUGUGGCCGAGUCGAGGUCGAAGAGGAGUGGUGGUGCAUCAGCCUCAGCCGCGACGAAUUCAAGGCUUUCGAGGCGCGCUUUGAAGCCGAAGGGGAUUACCGCUGGCCAAAGCAGCUCGACAAGUUCGUCCUACGUAUAGCGGGCAUUGUCCACGAAGACGUUAUUAGAGGAUUCGAAGAACUAGUCAUAGAGCAGUUGAUCGACAUACGGUGA